GGGGGCGGGGCAGGGCGGAGCGGCGCGGCGCGGGGCGCGCACCCGCGAUGACCAUCGGCGGCCCCCGCGGCCGGCACCCCCGCCUCCAGAUGCCCUGUCUGCGCAAGAUGGAGCGCAUGAUCGUCAGCAUGCAGGACCCUGACAUGGGCAUCAAGAUGAGGAACCAACGCUUGCUCAUCACCGUCAUCCCCCACGCCAUGACAGGGAACGACAUCGUGGAGUGGCUUAUCCAGAAGUACGGCAUCUCCGAGGAGGAGUCGCUGCACCUCGGCAACCUCAUCGUGAAGCACGGUUACAUCUACCCCCUCAAAGACCCCCGCAGCCUGGUGCUGCGGGCGGACGAGUCACCCUACCGCUUCCAGACCCCCUAUUUCUGGACCAGCACCAAGUGGCCAGCCACGGAGCUGGACUACGCCAUUUACCUGGCCAAGAAGAACAUCCGCAGGCAGGGUGACCUGAUCGAGCACGAGAAGGACAACUACAACCUCCUGCACAAGCGGAUCAACCACACGUGGGACUUCGUGGUGAUGCAGGCACGAGAGCAGCUUCGGGCGGCCAAGCAGCGGCGGAAGGGCGACCGCAUCGUCAUUGACUGCCAGGAGCAGGCGUACUGGCUCGUCAACCGGCCCCCGCCGGGAGCCCCCAACGUGCUGGAGCAGGGCCCUGAGCGCAGGAACUGCCACACCACUCGUGUCCAGCUGACCAAGAACAUGGAUUACUACAAGCGGGAGAUCGAGUACUGCAGGAAGGCCAUGGCCAGGACCAGGGUGAAGUCCUCCAUCUGCCUCGAGGGGUACAUCAAGUUCAAUGAGCAGUAUAUGCCCCACGACCCCAUCAUGUCCGGCUGCCUGCCCAGCAACCCCUGGAUCACAGAUGACACCACGUACUGGGCCAUGAAUGCCCCCACGGUGCAGACCCCCACGAAGCUGCGUGUGGAGCGCUGGGGCUUCAACUUCAGCGAGCUCCUCACCGACCCCCUGGGCCGGGCGCAGCUCCUCGACUUCCUCAAGAAGGAGUUUAGCGCUGAGAACCUGAGCUUCUGGGAGGCGUGUGAGGAGCUGCGCUAUGGGGAGCAGUCCCGCAUCACCGAGAUCGUGGACUCCAUCUACCAGCAGUUCCUGGCUCCUGGGGCCACGCGCUGGGUGAACAUUGACAGCAAGACCAUGGAGCGGACGCUGGAGGGCAUCAAGACGCCCCACCGCUACGUGAUGGAUGAUGCCCAGAUGCACAUCUACAUGCUGAUGAAGAAGGACUCCUACCCACGGUUCCUCAAGUCGGAGCUCUACAGGAACCUCCUGGCCGAGGCCGUCAUCCCCCCGGAGACCAAGAAGCGGGUCUUCCCCUUCAUGCGCAAGCAGCGGCACUCCAGCCCCAGCCCGGCCCUGCUCCUGCCCGCGGGCGAUGCCGAGGAGAGGAGCAGGGGUCCCGCGGCUGCCCCCGUCCCCGAGGAGGAGAGCUGAGGGCCCCGGUCCCCCUCCAACGUGGGAGCCUCCUGGCCCAGCACCCUCCAGCUCGGCCGCAGCCCCCUGCCCAGCACACCCCAGCCCCGCCGCAGGACCCUGCCGGCAGUAGCACUGAAGGAGAGAAGCCAUACGCCCCCCCACCCCAGCAACCCCCCCCAGGGCCAGGCUGGCCCCGCUGCAGCCCCCACUCACAGCCCUGCACCCCCUUCUCCCUCAGGGAGCCUGCACCCAGCCGGCCUGGUGCGGGAUCACCCCCUCCUCAUGCCCCCCACCCCGGGCACAAGACAAUAAAG